GUGCCGCGCGUGUCUCGUCGGACGACGGCGAUCUUUUCGGAGCAGUGAGGAUGUUUAUUUUUUUGACUACAUUCCUUUAGGCCUGAUUAUCAGUAAAAAUGGUGCUUUGCAAGUACUUUCAGCAAGGCACCUGCCGGUUUGGACAGUACUGCAAAUUUGAGCAUGCUUACGGUAACAGGAGCAAAACUUUUGGCGACGAGAAGAACAUUGCUUUAUUGGUUGCCGAAGAUGUUCUGCAAGCUGAAAGAGGUGGGCAGUGGUUGCUCUCUUGCUAUGGACCCUUCAAGGAACGAAAAUGCAUUCCAGGAAUGGAUGAUUUGUCCCCAGAGGAAGUUAGAUGGGAGAUGUAUCAAGCGCAAAAGACUGGGGCUGUGGAUCAAAUAAAAGCUCAAUUCCAACAAAUGUGUGAAGCAAUGAAGGUGAAACGAGAUGCUCUUAAGAAUCCCACACCAGCUAUCGUUCAACUAUUGGAGGAAGUUCAGAGCUCAGGCUCGGAAAAUUCAGCCUUUGGAGACAAACAGAAACAGGGAAAUUAUGCCUUUGGUCAGCCCCAGACGGGAGCCUCGAAUCAACCUAAUCAAAGCUCUAACGUUUUUGGACAAAAACCAGCUUUUGGCGCAGCACCCAGCAACCCCUUUGGUGGAAGCACUAGCAAUACCUUUGGCUCGAACCAGCAAUCCUCUUCGAUUUUCGGUAGACCAGCUGCGGCCACCACAACCAAUUCCGUCUUUGGAGGUAAAGCCAGCUUUGGUACACCCUCCGUGUUUGGUGGAGGCACUGCAACAGCCGCUCCUACUGCCGGGGGCUCGAUCUUUGGAAGCGGUAGUAAACCCGCUGCUACGCCUUUUGGAACAGUACAGAACGCACCAACUUUUGGUGGAUUGGCUACGCAGGGUACGAAUAUAUUCGGAGGCGCGGCUACAGGAACACAGAGUGGCUUCGGUCAGCCACCAGCGUUCGGUGCAGCUCAAGCACAGACGACUGGAAAUGCUUUUUUGAAACCCGCGACGGCACAGGGUUCGGUGUUCGGUGGAGCAGCGACUGGAGGUAGCGUUUUUGGUGGUAACGCUACAGCCACCGCUGCUGCUCCUGCAUUUGGUGCGACACCUGCGGCUGUAUCCAGUGCUCCCAGCGGUACCGGGAUAUUCGGACAACCAACGCAGGCUAAUGCCGCUUUCGGUGGUGCACCGGUCUUUGGCGGAACUGCUGGUUUUGGCACUGCUCAGCCCACAGCUGGUGGUUCAGUCUUUGGAGGUCAGUCAGCUUUUGGUGCCGCACCAGCUGCUGCAGCCUCGACCAAUGUCUUCGGAGGUAACACAGCUGCGGCAGCGACAACCGGCUUUGGAGCACUGGCGCAGCAGGGAGCUACGGCAAACGCUUUCGGAGCAGCAAGCGCGACUCCUGCUGUCGCUACUAAUACCUUUGGAGCUGCAAGCGCAACUCCUGCCGCUACGAAUGUCUUUGGAGCUCCAGCUGCGACUCCAGCCGCUGCUACCAAUGCUUUUGGAGUCGCAAGUGCGACCCCAGCCGCUGCUACCAACGCUUUUGGAGCUGCCCCCAUCUCCACGGCUACAGGACCUUUUGGUGGCACUGCGAAUCAAGCUGCAAACACGGUAUUCGCAACGUCAGCUUCAGCGGCACCAGGACCAUUUGGUGGUAACGCUGCUUUUUCCAAACCUGCAUCGUUCGGAUUCGCGACUCCAGCGACGAACACGACCAGUGUCUUCGGAACAAGUAUAGCCACUUCAACGACCCAGUCACCAUUUGGUACCAAUACUUUUGGCAACGUACAGCCUCAGCAGCAACAGCAACAACAACAAUCUGUAUUUGCCAGUUCGACACAAGCAACAGCUGCAGCAGCCAACCCUUUUAUGCAAGCAAAAACCCAACAGCAGAGCUCGCCGUUUGGAGUCGCUUCAUCGACACAGUCAAGUCCGUUUGGUAACUUUGCUAAACCGACUGGAAAUGCGUUUGGUAGUGUCUCGGUAACGGUGAUGAUCGAUGAGACGGCUUACAGUACAGACGAUUGUCUUACCGAUGACGAGAAGGCGGCAUACCGCGCGAGCGCUUUUACCGAGGGUCACAUACCACUCAGGCCGCCUACCAAAGAGCUCAAAUGAACUUGAUAACUUUGAAAGAUAUUUAUCGGUUUCAACUGAUUUUUUUUUCGUAUUGUUACUAUGCGUUGAAAAAACCGUCAAGUUGGAAGAUGAACGUAACGACCUUUAAUGUAUUUGACUUUAUCUUCGACAUCGUAUUUUUUUUAGAAAUUUUGUUUGAAGAAACAGACUAUUUGUCGUUUAUUUGACUGUUAAGUCUUGCAAAGCUUUGAUUGUUUAUAUAUUAUGGUUUUUAACUAUUUUAUAAAAACGUUGUAUAUAUACAAAUAGAACCUCGAUUCUCGCGCGGAAAGAUAGAUAGAAAAAGUGUACAUUUUUUACAUGAAUAAAUGAGAUGAAUUUUUGUUAAAAAAAGAAA